CGUUGUGUGGCAACUCUGUCCAAUCAGCUGCCGGUUUGUUAUUUAACCAAAUUGGAGAGGCAAAGAACUCAUAAAACAAUGGAAUUUCUGACUAAAGUGUGGGCCAAAGAGGCACCCAAACCUGUCGAGAUCGAAGCUACCACUAGCACAGCACAGAAAAAAAACAAAUCCGCCGCCAGAAAAGCAGCAACAAGUCAAGAAUCCUCUCAAGAAACCAGCACUGCCCAGAAGGAUUGGGGUUAUGACUUGUAUCCAGAAAGGAGAGGGGAGACCUUCAAGCCCAAAUGGACGAGGAUAUUGUUUGGCAUGGAGGGCCAGGAAAACAUCGAUCGCUUCAAGUGCGAGGAGAAUGUUUAUUGGUGUGUUAAGAACGGUCCCCUGGUGAAACUGAUGAUGGGAGCACUAAAAAGCUCAGGUUGUCCCAUCGAUCUGCGCCGGCACAUCUCCUGCGAGGUGUGCGAUCCCUCGGUCACCGGUGGCUACGAUCCUAAGCUCAACCAGAUCGUGGUCUGCCAGAACAUGGCCAAGAAUAAGAGCAUGGUCCAUGGCGUCCUUACCCACGAGAUGAUUCACAUGUUCGAUUAUUGCAAUAAUGACAUGGACUUCCGGAACGUCGACCACCUCGCCUGCACGGAAAUCAGAGCGGCGAACCUGGCCCAUUGCUCCUUUUUGAGCGCCAUGUUUCAGGGAGAUGCCUCGCCUUUUAAUGUUAAAGAAGCGCAUCAGAACUGUGUAAAGUCCAAAGCUUUGGCCUCAGUACUAGCUGUACGCAAUAUAUCAAAAGAAGAUGCCAUUGCUGCCGUGGAACGAGUAUUUCCCAAAUGUUAUGCUGAUCUGGAGCCCAUUGGCCGGAGAAUCCGUCGCAACUCCACGGAUCAGCAAAAAGCCUACAUGGAAGGGCCCAUGUAUGGCUAUGAUGUAUAUUAAAUUGUAAUAAAUAAUUUCGUUUUUAAGUGCCUACGCAAAAAGUUAAAUAAAACUAUGUUUUAA